ACCCUUCAAGACGAGUUGAUGGUUCACUUUAUCCAGCGAUCUGUGCAGAAUCUGCUCUAGUAGGCUGUUCCGCGGAGUCGCAUUGUGGUGGCAAUAACCCAUUUCACCGCUCUAUCUAGUUUUAUCUUCGCAGCGCUCGGGUGAAGGCGCGUACAUCAUGACGACAACUUUGUACGGUUGAUUGUUUCACAGUAGGGAAUGGGAUGCAGGUUUGCAGCAUGUUCUUGUCAUGCACCGAGCACCUGCCUUGGCGUGUUAAAGCCAGAGAUGCAGGUGCCUUCUUCUUCCCCGGCAAGGUUCGGGGGUGUAUUUUCACCAGGUAAAGUGAGAGGGUAUGGAACAGUGGUUGGAUUGUUCAGCGACUAUUGCGAAUGGGGAAGGAGGUCCGCAUACCCGAAGAGGGAAAUAGGCUGGGCUUUGAACAGACGGCAGAUGCUGCUUGGCAGCAUUUUAAUCUCACCCUUGCGUCUCACAAAGGACGAUGUUGCACUUGCAGGUGAGACACAAGACAUUGAGAGCAGCUCUCCUUCUGAGACUCAGGAGUCUGCCGAAAUUGAUACGUUUGGAUUCGAUGGGCUCGGUAGCAAGGAAGAUGAAUACGCAGUUGGCAAAGUUGUGGCUCUAGCACAAGCCGGCGAUGGCGCAGUCCUCUUUCUAGGGGUGGAUGGGUUUGAUCUUCCCCUUCAAUUGGUGAUUGGGGCUGCAGAGGCCAUGGCUAUAUUAACAGCAGCCCAGGAAAGGCGAAGUCGCAGACCAGCGACACAUGAAGCUUGGAGCUCUUCCCUUGCUGCUGUUGGCUGGAAGGUUGAUCAUGUCACCAUCACCACCAAGGAGAGUGACGUAUUCUAUUGUAGGCUAGUGCUGUCUCUGGGGAAAAGCUUGGGAGAGGCAGCAGCCUCGGCGUCUGGUAGUGACCGCCUCCGAAGUGUGGACAUGCGUCCGUCUGAUGCCAUUGCGCUUGCCUUGAGGUGCCGAGCCCCUCUUUUUAUUAACAAAAAAGUAGCAGAGGAAGCUGUGAGCGCGUUGAUCAAAGGUAGUGACCCGGCCAAGAAGCCCUCUGAUGCUCUCAAUCGACCAGGCCUACAAGUUAAGUCGGCCACCGACACCCUCUCCAGCAAAUCCAUGCCGAACUUGGCUUGGCAACUGGAGUCAGGUCGUGAGCCACUGUGGGGAUAUAGCGAUGAUGUUUUGCUUAGCUAUACUGUAUAUAAUUCCUGAUGGAUUAACUUCCGGAGAUGAGUGCCAUUUUACAUCUGUAAUUUUGUAAAUUGUCAGCUCUUGAAAGGAAUUCGGCCUUGUAUUAUGUAACCAGUUGGUUGACAGUCAUGUAUACAACUAUAACUUUGUAGUAUCACACAGAGUGUGUUUGCGUCGCGGAUUGGAUUUCCCAGCAGGUAGAUAGCGUUACAUCGGCUGUACAAAAUUUCACGAGUUGAUCGUGUCCAAAUCUCAAAAGGGUUUGUGUUUUUUAACACUAAGAUAUGUUCCGAACUGUGUUUCAGUUCUGUUCUGUGAA